AUGGCACCUGCAGAUCACAGCAAAACUGUAGACUUCGGAAUGAAGUUAGCGUCACUAAUGUCAGCUCUCCGUGUCAGUGAUGUGCCUAUGAUGGACAAACUCACCAAUCUCGAGCUCAAUCAUCUGAUUGUAGAGGAGGAAGAACCAGGCGAUUCUACCCAGCCUCUUAGUUAUUUGUUGUCGCGGAUUUUCAGGACAUUUACUAUUGAAGUCCCAGAUGCCACAGAGCUCCAGGUUCCGUUACAUAAAAUUCGUUAUCGUGAUACCAGACUUCACAUUAAAUUUGCUCACCUUGAUGAACAGUCUAUGGUUCCGUUAUAUGAUGAAGCCAGCCGCAGGUGGAACUGGGCACUUCCCAGAUCACAUCAUGAAACUGGCAUCGAUCAGUUACCCAAACUCGAAGAGAUUGGAGAUGGAGAAGAGGAUAGCGGAGUGAACAAGGAGUCUGAGAGUGGGGGUAGUAGUGGCGACUCGGAGGGCCCAUCAAUUCAACAGCACCUUCUGGUUGACACCACCAGUAGUGACACCAGCCGAAAACCACAGAUGUUGGAGGAUAUCUUCUCGUUGUUCUUCAAUGCUAUGUGUGGUGCUGUUGCUCAGAAGAAGCGAGCACAGAUCAUGGCAGCAAAUAGUGGAGCAGUGAUUCGUACAUGGAGUUCACGGAACUCCAUGCGCCCUGUCAAGGAUGAUGAAGUAUCGCAGAAGCCUGACCUUGCAUUGUUGGACGAUGUAGAGGCUCGUUGGGAUACCAUCAAAGCCAUUUGCGAAUUGACAUCACAGCCAUACACACCUUCAAGUACGAUUGGAAAAUCACUCGACAGCAAGGCCUACCUUCUCUUGAGGCGCCAGCCUUGGAGGCGGUUUGUCUUACUCUUUUCCCUUACGAACGAAUACCGUGAACUGCGAGUCCAUAUUUACGACCACGCAGGUGGUAUCGUAACGCGUCCCGUCCAUAUCGACAAGGCUCCCAAUCGUUACCUGCAUAUCCUAUUGAGUGUCGUCUUCGGUCAUCUUGAAUGUAUUGGUUAUGAUCCCUCCAUUAGUAUCUUCACCAAGACUCUUCAUCCUGCCCAGCUUGAAAACCCAAUUCUCCGCCCUUCUACUAGACAACAAAUCGCACUAAAUCAAGUGCAUGGUCCCCAGAUGGACGGUGCAACUGAAGGCACUGUACCAAAUAUGGAUAUUGAUGCAUCCGAGUCCAAGUCUGACUCAGAUGCGAAGACCCCACACUCAAAGCUGAACCUCCCUAUGGACCCUCCUCAGAUAGAAAUACCUGAAGACCCUCUUUGCCAACCCUUUUCAGAACCAAUCGGCAGGAUCACAGUUAAUGACCAUGCAUACGACAUCCUCGAACUUAUCUUCUCUAGCCAGGGGCUCAUCGGUCGAGGCACUGUCUGUUACUUAGCCAGGAGAGACGACAAAGAAUACAUUAUCAAGGACCAUUGGGUUCUUGGGGGUAAAGAUGCUGUGUUGAACGAAGUCAACAUGCUGCAUGAGAUGAAAGGGGUCCAUGGCAUACCAGAACUGGUCGAAUAUUGGCUUGUCGAGGUUGCACCUGGGGAAGUCGAUGAAACUAUGAGCUAUCGAUACAAGGUUUUUGAAAGUAUCAAAGUUCAACAGACAGCGGUUGAGGAGCGGGGAAUUCUUCACCAUGACUGUAGUCUCAACAACACUAUGAUCUGGGAUGAUGGCAAUGGGGGUCAGGGAACCUUGAUCGAUUGGGAAUUCGCCAUGCAUAUUGUUGCAGGUCAAAAAUAUGCUAUCGGUGGGACGGGUACAUUGCCGUUCAUGUCUUGUUCUCUUCUAUGGCAGCUCUCAGAGGCUGUUGGUGACCAGGUGACAUCUCUUCGCAGCUGGAAGGCAAAGCUCGCAAUGCAGUCCUCUGCAACGCCCCCCCCCUCUCAUACUACACCACUACCAUGA